CCUUCGUUGCAAGAGCUGCUGUCCCAACCAGUGCUAGAUGUUCACUUCUUGGAGGCUGCUGUUCGAGGAGAGCACUCGCAAGGGAUUCAUUGGCCAGAUGUGUAUGUAGAUAGGUGAGACCUCAGAAGUCGCGACAAGUUUCCGGCCGCUAAGCUCCACACCGAGAUAAAUCAUAUUCGGCUAAAGACAGCUUGCCCGACCUCCGUGUACCACUCUUUUCUCUCGCUAGUACGAGAUAACGAUGUCCGCCAUUUUCGUUUCCCUUUUUCCCGCGUUUUUGCUUUCUGCAUUGCUUGCUUGGUUCUUCUGUUAAGACCAUAUUCCCAUAUUCUCAAUGCCGCGCAACUUCGGACGCAAAGUAAACGUCGGCUACUUUUCGCAAGCCGCCAAAUGCGGUUUCCACCUCCAGAAGGCCGCAUACUGCACCAAACCCAGUCAAACUGACAUCCUUCUUUCAGAACUUACCUUGACAGCCGAAUGUGGAUCUGUGCUUCGAUUAAUGCCAUUGGGGGGCUCAGUCACACACGGCGUCGGCUCUUCUGACCAGAGCGGGUAUCGGAAGAAACUCUCUGAAUUACUGCACGGCUGCGGCUAUAAUGUCUGCAUGGUUGGAUCCCGUAAAUCCGGCACCCAUUUUAACAACGAACAUGAAGGCUGGCGGGGGUAUAGGAUCGACCAAAUCGAGGCCAGGGCGAGGCUAUCAGCAGCAAAGUUGUUGCCGCAUGUCUUUACUGUGAACGCUGGAUCCAACGAUUGUUUACAAGGAUACAAGUUGACAGAAGCACGACAUCGCCUUGGUCACCUCUUGGACACCCUCUGGGUUGCAUCGCCUGGCUCAACCAUUAUUCUCUCAAGCCUACUGGUCAACCAGAACGAGGCCGUGCAGCAGCGGGUUGAGGACUUCAAUAGUGAGACAGAGAGACUAGCAUGCCUUUUGACUCUUGAAGGCAGGAAAAUUGUUUUCGUUGACUUGCAAAGCAACGACGGGCCCGCCAUGGAAGAUUUGGUGGCGGAUGGGACACAUCCGAAUGAUGCAGGAUAUGAAAAAAUGGCCUGGAAAUGGCUAGGGGGCUUUCGGAUGGCUUUAAAAAGAGGUUUCUUGCCCCCCGCCAGCAAGUCCCAGAUAAGCUGAGUAGAGAAUAUUGGAAAUGGGUUAUUCACUACAAGAGAGCACCUAUUGCAUUCUGUCGGUCCAGAGUCGAGCAGUCGAGGAGUGUUGACUCUUGAUUUUAAUUGACAGAGUUGCGCAUGUCUGUUCUC